AUGUCGUUGGCGGAUGUCUUCACCUUUGCACCCGCCACGGGCCAUUUCUUCUCCACGAGUGAACGUGUCGCGCUGGCAACGUCGAUUCCGCUUCUCAUGGAAAAAAGCAAGCGUCGAACGGUGCUGGUGUGGGGAAAGGUGUACGGUUUUAAGAAUGACUACACAAUCGUUCAGGCCUUUGAUGAUGAUCUUGUGGCGCAGCCGGUUAUUUAUUAUUCGAUUGACGAAGGCCUUUCCUUUGUCUUUCUUGGUACGACGGAGUCGCUGAUGCAGCGCACCAUGGACGAGGUUUUGAAUGAGAAGAAAAAGAGGAUGCUGAUGUACAGAAUGCGUGGGCCAUUUAUGGGAGACCCCUCCUACGAGUAUCGAGUCGUGGACGAGUUGGCAGGCAGCACAUCGAGCUACAAGGAAUCGCUGCGUCUUGUGCUGUUUAUUGACGCGCACGAUUAUCAUUGCCGUGUCGCACCGCGUGGGGCGUACUACCGUGAGCUUCGCAACACCACACUGCCACCGGAGAUAAAACGCAACAGUGCCUUUACCGGUUUACGGCGUGCCUACGAUGAGGCACUUUCGCUACGAAAUUACUAUCACCUGCGGGCAGAGAAUCCGUACAUUGAAUUGAUUGCAAAGGAAGAGGGGACCCAGCUGCACGCCAAGUCCGGGCUGGAGCGACUGGAGGAGGACCAGCACAUUGACUCUAUCUUCUUUCCUAUCAGCGACGAUCUUCCAGGCGGAGUUUGGCGGUUACGGUACGACCCGGUGCAGAAUGCUGUUCUUGGAAGAAGCGCCAAAUUUGUAGGAUCGGUCUUUUAUCAUGUGCCGGGGACGAAUAAGUACGGCACUGUGUACAUGGGCGACGGCAACAUUAACCACGACAUUGCCUUUGAGUUAUAA